AUGUCGAAUAAUUUUGGUCGAAAGUCGGAUUUUAUUCCGGCAGUUUAUACACGUUAUUUUGAACGGACAGAAACUCGAAAAUCUUCUUCUUCUUCUUCUUCUCAUAUCUUUUUUAAUGAUAAUAAUGAAGAAGCAUCCAAAGAUUAUCAAAUAAAACGAGAUUUAAUAAUUAAACGAUUAUUUCCAUCAAAAUAUACUGAUUCAGAUAAUAAUCAAACUGAAAAUGAACACAUUAACCAAAGUGGAAAUAAUAUUUCAUUAAAGAAAGCAGCUCAAUCUUUAGGUGAUUUUAUUCCUCUUUCAAAUAUUAAUUCGUCAUCGUCACCAUCAAACCGAAAACAAUCAUUAGAAACAGAUGUUAUUUUUACAAGUUCAGAUGAAAAUGAAGAAGAUUUAUUAAUUGAAGAAAAAUUACCAACAAAUACACAUGAAUCAAUCAUUGGACAUAUUCAUCCUCGUUCAACAAUAGAAAAUGUUCGAACAAUAUUAAUACGUGAAUUAUAUCAACGAACAAGUGAUUCACAUACGGAAUGGCUUAAAUGUAAAAUGAAUUUACCUAAAGAAUAUAUUAAUCCAAAAUAUUAUGCUGAUUUUCAACGACGUUAUAAAAAAGAUAUUAAGAAAAAUACGCCGAAAAAGAAAAAAUCUAAUUCAAUAAAUAAUAAAUCAGAAAAUGGUUAUCAUGUUUUUGAUUUAACUACGAAUGAUGAAUUAACAACUCAAAUUAAUAAUACAUUCGAAAGUGAUGAUAUCAUUGAAACUUCACCUACUAAACCAGUAAACAAUACUUCAGCUUCUUCAUCUAUUAUUCUCAUAAAUGAUUCACCCACUCAAUCCAAAUCUACACCUGAAUUUAUUAUUCUCGAUUCUGAUGAAGACAAUAAUGAUAAUACAAAUGAUAAUGCUAGUCAAGAUAAUAAUAACUCAACAUAUUUUAUCGAUCGAUCAUCAAAUUCAUUUACUGCAAUUUUACAACCAACAGUAACACCCAAUGAAGAUUACCAUGAAGAAGAUUCAAAAUAUGCUCAAUUACCUUCACGUAAUACAUCGUCUGAAUUAAUUAUCCGUCCUAUCAUAAGUAAACAUCAACGACGUAAACAAAAUACUUCACCAAAACCACUUGUAUCAGCAAUCGAUCGAAUAAUUGAUCAAAUAGAUCAAUCAAAUCCAUUGGAUAAUUCAACAGCAAUGGAACAACAAAAUAUUCUUAUAAAACAAAUUAAAAAACGGAAGAAGAAAAAGAAAAAGAAAAAACAACUUAAUAAUUCAACUGUCAAUUAA